UAAUAUUCAUUGAAUGGAAGUUGAAACAAGAUGCGAUUUUUGUGUCGAGCUCAGUCUCCAUUGGAACCUGCUACUUGAUAGUCAAAGGCCUUUCCUGGUUCUCAGUUGGAUAGUGUGCAUUGUUAGAUAAAGCGAUCGUUUGCUCUCCUAAGGUAAAGAUGUCACUGAAGCAUCAGAAAGCUGUAGUCAUUGGCGGAUCGGGCGAUAUUGGAGUGGCAAUUUGCCAAAAUUUGCUUCAAGAAGGUGUAGAGAAAUUGUUUGUUCUUGAUGUUGCGGAUCUAACGGAAGCGACCCGUCAGCAGCUACAAGAAAGCAACCGAGGGGCGGCAAUAUUGUUCAAACACUGUGAUAUUGCAAACCGAUCGGAGCUGCUGCAGAUUCUGGGAGACGAUAUUGUGAAGGCUCUCGGUUCGAUCGACAUUUUGGUAAACUCGGCCGGAAUUGCGUCCAGUGAGAUUCCCGAUCAAGUGAUUAACGUGAAUUUGACUGGCGUCAUUAACUCGAGUCUCUUGUGUUUGGAUCUGAUGUCGCGGAGCAAGGGAGGGAAAGGAGGCGUCAUAGUCAACGUGGCUUCCGUUGCUGGAUUAGAAACAAUACCGUUCCUUCCGAUCUACUGCGCCUCGAAGCACGGUGUCGUGAGCUUUUCGCGAUCUCUUGGAGUACCUCCCAUCUUCGCUAGCACUGGUGUGAAGUUCGUUGCCAUCUGUCCGGGUGCUACGAGGACGAAAAUGUUUAAUCAUUGCAUGCAGAUUCCCAUCGAUAUCGCAGGACUGCAGGAUAUGUUUGACGAUUACGUGAAACGCUUUCAGGCUCAAAGCCCUGAUGUCGUUGGCAAAUGUGUGAUUCGAGCGAUCACUGAGGGCGAGAAUGGAUCGGCAUGGAUUUGUAACGAGGGUGUCAUUGUUCAGCAUCAGUUCCCACAGUCAUUAUUUUUGUAAAGUGAUAACGACAUGACACAAUUGAUGGUUUGUUAUAAAACGUUCUAUUCUUUUUCAUUUUAAUGUUUGUACAUGACACCAUUAUAACGAUAGUGUAUUUCUGAAAAUUUCCAUAAUAAAUCGCGCAUGUUUCGGUU